UUGGAUGGAUGAGUAAAAUGGUGGAAUCGGUUAGAGUGACUCGUGGAAGCACACAGUUAUGAUGCGUGGAAGAGGAGGUAGUACAAAUGGCCAGAUCGCCUCGGAAUCGGAAACCGCUCUACGUUUUUGCCUCUUCCAUUUCUCACUCCAUCUGCUCUCAAUCUCUCGCCUCCGCUUCUAAUCUAGGUCUCAUCUCUCGCGCUGUCUAUUUUUUUUGUGUGCAUGGGGCUGGAAUAGGGCUCUAGGAUGUCGGUACCGGAGGGAUUGGCCACGAAGCUGCUCUACGUAGUGGUGGUGGAGGACGACGAUGAUGCUACCGAGGCGUCGUCCUUUCGGUACUCGCGCCCCGUUCUCCAGAGUACUCUGCAGCUCAUUGGUUGCAAGCCUCGUCACUCCUUCAAGAUCAGCCAAAGAGUAUUUGAGGUAAUAAGGCGGGAAAAUGCUCUGGAGAGGUUCGUUUCCCCUCUUGUUGGGGUGCCAGCUCAAGAUGUCAAAGCAUGUGAUAACAGAGAGAUGGAAAGCCAUGUUGUUGCCUGCUUGGACAAAGCAGAUGUUGUUGAUUCUGCUUUAGAAGAAGAUAAGAGUAAGGAGGAGUCAUUUGAAUUGUACAAAAGGCGUACUACUGUUGUUGUUAGAAGAAAGUUUUUUCUUGACACUGUUUGUGAAGCUCUCUCCGAAUACAAGUAUGUCGGGCCAAAUCAGAGGGCUGAUUUGGUGAUUGCCUGCAGAGUUCGCGAAAGAAAUGAAUCUGUUACAGUACUGCUGUGCGGCACAAGUGGCUGUGGAAAAUCUACAUUAUCUGCCCUGCUGGGUAGCAGGUUGGGCAUUACAACUAUUGUAUCUACUGAUUCAAUUCGGCAUAUGAUGAGAAGUUUUAUUGAUGAAAAGGAAAAUCCAUUACUGUGGGCCUCAACCUAUCACGCCGGGGAACAUUUGGAUCCAUUAGCUGUCGCACAAGCCAAGGCCAGAAAAAAAGCUAAGAAAUCAUCUCAUGUUUCUGCUGCUUCACAUGAUGCAGUUAGUAAUGAUGCAUCUGGAAAGCCUGAGGAGAACAGCACCACAAGUGAUUUAAUCAGUCAAAAAAUGAUGGCAGUAGAAGGGUUUAAAGCACAAAGUGAGAUGGUAAUUGAGAGCCUUGAUAGAUUAAUAACUGGGUGGGAAAAAAGGAAAGAAUCAGUAGUGGUGGAGGGCGUUCACUUAAGUCUCAACUUUGUGAUAGGGCUCAUGAAGAAACAUCCUUCAAUCAUUCCAUUCAUGAUUUAUAUUUCAAAUGAGGAGAAGCACAUGGAAAGAUUUGCUGUUCGUGCCAAGUACAUGACAUUGGAUCCUGCUAAAAAUAAGUAUGUUAAAUACAUACGGAAUAUCAGAACCAUCCAAGAAUAUCUAUGCAACCAGGCAGAUAAGCUUUUGGUGCCAAAAGUUAACAACACCAAUGUUGAUAAAAGUGUAGCUGUCAUUCAUGCAACAGUUUUCAGCUGCCUAAGAAGGCGCGCCGUGGGGGAGCAGCUUUAUGACCCAUCGACGAACACAAUCGCCGUUGUUUAUGAGGAGCACAGGAAUCAGUGUGCUGCUAAUUCUUUGACCUCCAAAGGAAUGUUUCAGCUUAUUCAAAGGAAAGGUUCCAGUAGACAGUUGAUGGCACUUUUGAAUACUGAUGGUUCUGUGGCAAAGGCUUGGCCUGUUGACAUGUCCAAUGAUGGUGGCAAGAACAUUUGGGGUCAUCCACCACGAAAUGGAAUCGGUACACCUAUGUAUGGGCCAUUGCAGAUAGGUAAAGCAGAACCUGUCAACCUGCAAUUUGGUCACUUUGGCAUUAGUGCGUGGCCCAGUGAUGGAGGUACAAGUCGUGCUAGCAGUGUUGAUGAUUGGGCGGAUAAUGCUAGUCGAUGCGUUUCAUCAUGCUGUAGCUCCCCAAGGGGUCCUGCAAAGGAGCUCAAGGAAGAAUCUUCUGUGCACGGAAGUGAUGAAGAGGCUGAUGUUUCACCUGAGGUGGACAGUGAUGAGGAUCUUAGUGAUGGAGGGAAAAAUCUCCACGAAGAGCUGGAAGGUUCUGUGGAUGAGCAAUCAACUAAGUCGGAUGAGGAGUAUGACGACCUUGCCAUGGAGGAUUCUCCACAUGAUGGUUACGUGUCUGAUGAUGAGCUUAAUGCUAAUUUUUCAGUCUCGGAAGAUUUAUCAAACAGGAAAGGCCUUCACGGAGAUAAGUAUCAACGAAAUCUUGACCUUUUCUUGAGAAGGAGACAUGAACCCCUGUUAGAUUCUCUAUUGUGCCCCUUUUCAUCACCUUCUAAAGAAAAAAGUGAGAGGAGACCUCCACCUCCUGGUACAUGUAAAUUAACAAGACGUUCGUUGAGCAUUCCUUCCUUUGUAAAGCGUGGAUCAGUAGUAAAUGAUCCAAUCCAGUGAAGAAGCACUUGUGUGGUACACUAUCUGUGCAGCUCCGCUGUUUGUUCUUGUUUCUCUAUGGAACUUGAAGUUUGUUCCAUCGUUCUAGGUCAUUUAUAACUCACAGCCUUGGGGUAACCCGGUUAAUUCAGCAUGCUCUGCAUUCUUCUCAAAUCCUGUAUAAAGCUACCACGGCCAAACUUUUCUCUGUAUAUCAUUUUCUUUACAUACCUGUAUUUACUACCACUACUUAGAGGAACCAAAUGCUGUUUUAGAUUACAUUGUGUGUUGCCGGAGCACGUUAAACUUUGUUAAGGUACGUUUUUGAGGAAGGUCUAGAAUCUAUUGUUGCCAUGCUUUUGACGAUCUUUGCAUUCUGGCACAAAUGGAAGGU